UCGCCCCCUUUCCUUCACUAUUCUGUAUUUCUGUUCCGUUCGGGCUUCGGCAGCAGGCACAUUUUCCAGUCCUUCAGUCAAGCCAAAAUCCUGAACGCCGAGGUCGACCUAGCACUCGCGGCCGCCGCACCAAUGGCGUCCCUCUUCAAGGACCCGAACAAGCUGUCGGCGUACAGGGACCGGCGGUUCCCCGGGACGCAGGAGGAGUACGAGGCGGCGCUGCAGGCGUCGAUGACGUUGUACAUGGGGAACAUGUCCUUCUACACCACGGAGGAGCAGGCCUACGAGCUCUUCUCCCGCGCCGGCGAGAUCAAGAAGAUCAUCAUGGGGCUCGACAAGAACUCCAAGACCCCCUGCGGCUUCUGCUUCAUACUGUACUAUUCUAGGGAGGAUGCUGAAGAUGCAGUCAAAUAUAUUAGCGGAACAAUGCUUGACGAUCGUCCAAUCCGUGUUGAUUUUGAUUGGGGCUUUGAAGAAGGCAGGCAAUGGGGCCGUGGACGGAGUGGUGGGCAAGUCAGAGAUGAGUACCGUACAGAUUAUGAUCCUGGAAGAGGCGGUUAUGGUAAGAUGGUUCAGAAGGAGCUAGAAGCACAGAGAGAAUUGGUCGACUAUGGUGGAUCUUUUCAACCGAAUGCACCACCUCCAUAUGAGAGAGGUGAGAGGAAGAGAGGAUAUGGAGAUUCUUACAGGAAUGACAGAGGAGAUUACCAACGGAAACGCUACCGGAAUGAUGAUCAGUCUGCACCAGAGGGGUCCGGGAGAGUACCUGACUCUGAUCCAGUGGAGAAGAAUCCUAGAUUUCGGGAGAAGGGUGACUCUGAUGAAGACAACGAUUAUGAUAAGAGACGCCGUCGCUAAACCUGACAAGCAAUUCUGCAAUACGCAAAUGUCUGUAUAUCCAGUUACUGCAGACGUGUCCACUCCCAUCAACAGUAUCUGGUUUACCCCGUUGUAUGCCAGAACUUAAUUUUUCCUUCUUCAGCCGUUUCUUUUUCUCGCGCAGCAUGUGCGUAGGUUUUGCAUGUGACGAUAGUGAUUCGAGGACGGGAUUCUGUCUCAACUAUUUGGUGAAAACAAGUACUGAGUUCAAUGGAUAUUAGCACUGACUUGUUACCUGAACCUUGAGUUUCAACUAAUGGACAAUGUGAGAUGAUA